AUGUCUUUUCUUUUUUUCUCUUAUCGCUUUUUCUUUUCAUCAUUAUAUUUUCUUUUUCCUUUCUUUCUUCUUUUUGCUUUCAUCUUUAUUUUAAAAUCCUUCCUCUUGCUUCGUUCAUUCUUCACAAUUUUCUUCGUUAUUUACUAUCAACUUUCUUUUUCUUUCACACAUUCUUUAAAUAUGCUUCUUGUUAUAUUUUCCUUCUUUUUUUCUCCCCCUUUCCUGUUUUCAUCUCCUCUCAUUACUUCCUCUCCUCUUUCUCCUUCUUCUGUUUAUCGCAUACACCUGAGCUUCUACCUCGAUUCGCAAUUCUUUGUGUCAUCCUGCCAUUUCACCAAUUCCAUUAAACUAAGGUUACAAACAUCAUACACAAUUUCUGUUAACUACUCUGCAUAUGCAAGCAAACAAACAAAUACACCUGUAUAUAUGCGUGCAAAUCUAUCUAUCUAUCUAUCUAUCUAUCUAUCUGAACGUGUGUACAUGUGCAUUCUUUUUUUUCUGCAUCCAGUGCUUGCAAAAAAAACUGCAGAUGCUGUGCUCAAAUCUUAA